AUGGAGGCAUCGCGAGGACCGCCCAAGGUCAAGAACAAGGCCGCCGCGCCCGUUCAAAUCUCUGCCGAGCAGCUUCUUCGCGAGGCAGUUGACCGUCAGGAGGUUGCGCUGCAGGCGCCAACCCAGCGCUUUGCCGAUUUGGAGGAGCUGCACGAAUUCCAGGGCAGAAAACGUAGAGAGUUUGAGGAUUACGUCCGGCGCAACAGAGUGAACCUCAACAACUGGAUGCGAUAUGCGCAAUGGGAGCUAGAGCAGAAGGAAUUUGCGCGCGCUCGAUCAGUCUUUGAGCGCGCGCUCGAUGUGCAUCCUAAUGAUAUCCGCCUCUGGAUCAGAUACAUCGAGUCGGAGAUGAAAUGCCGAAACAUCAACCAUGCGCGAAACCUCCUCGACAGAGCCGUUACGCGGCUACCCCGUGUUGAUAAGCUGUGGUACAAAUACGUCUAUAUGGAAGAGAUGCUGGGUAACGUCCCAGGAACCCGCCAAGUCUUUGACCGAUGGAUGCAAUGGCAGCCAGAUGAAGCUGCAUGGAGUGCAUACAUCAAGCUGGAAAAGCGAUAUGGCGAAUACGACCGGGCUAGAGACAUAUUCAGAGCCUUCACCCUUGUCCACCCGGAACCCAGAAACUGGAUCAAAUGGGCACGUUUUGAAGAGGAGUUUGGCACCAGCGACAUGGUUCGUGACGUAUUUGGGACUGCCAUUGAAGAGUUGGGCGACGAGUUUGUGGACGAGAAGCUCUUCAUUGCCUAUGCAAGAUAUGAGGCGAAAUUAAAGGAGUACGAGCGAGCCAGGGCAAUCUAUAAGUAUGCCCUGGACCGUUUACCUCGUUCCCGGUCCAUGGCUCUCCAUAAAGCCUAUACGAUGUUCGAGAAGCAGUUUGGAGAUAAAGACGGUGUCGAGGAUGUUGUUCUUUCAAAGCGCCGCGUCUUUUACGAAGCACAGGUCAAGGAGAACCCGAAGAACUACGAUAUUUGGUUCGACUACACGCGUCUCGAGGAAACCGCUGGCGAUCUUGACAGAGUUCGGGAUGUAUACGAGAGAGCAGUUGCUCAGGUACCGCCGGCGCAGGAGAAGAGAUUCUGGAGGCGUUAUAUCUACCUCUGGAUUAACUAUGCCAUUUUUGAGGAGCUCCAAGCGAAGGAUGUCGAGCGCUCACGGCAGGUCUACAGGGUAUGCUUGGAGCUGAUACCGCACAAGAAGUUCACAUUCGCCAAGAUUUGGUUGCUGAAGGCGCAGUUCGAGAUCCGGCAAGGCGAGCUCACCGCGGCCCGCAAGACCCUGGGCCAGGGCAUCGGCAUGUGCCCCAAGGAUAAGCUCUUUAGGGGCUACAUUGAGCUGGAGCUCAAGCUCUUUGAGUUCUUACGAUGCCGAACACUGUACGAGAAGCACAUCGAGUGGAACCCGUCCAACUGCCAGACCUGGAUCAAAUUCGCCGAGCUCGAGCGCGGUCUUGAUGACCUUGAACGUACCAGAGCAAUUUUCGAGCUGGCUGUGAGUCAACCGGUUCUCGACAUGCCCGAACUGUUGUGGAAGGCGUAUAUCGAUUUCGAGGAAGAAGAAGGAGAGUACGAAAGGACAAGAGAACUCUACGAGCGUCUUCUCGAGAAGACAGACCACGUCAAGGUUUGGAUCAGCUUCGCGCACUUCGAGCUUAACAUACCCGAGGACGAGGACGAGGCGGAGGAGGAAGCGCCGAUUAGCAAUGAGGCCAAGGCGCGGGCCCGCAAGGUAUUCGAGCGCGCACACAAGAGCAUGCGCGACAAGGAUCUCAAGGAGGAGGCCGUCACGCUACUCAAUGCUUGGUUGUCGUUUGAGAGAACGCACGGCGCCGCCGAUGAUGUAGAGAAGGUACAGAAGUUGAUGCCGCGUAAGACGAAGCGUAGGAGGCGCCUCGACGAUGACAGCUUCGAGGAGUACAUCGACUACGUUUUCCCGGCCGACGAUAAGCAGACCCAGAACUUGUCCAAUCUGCUGGCCAUGGCGCAGGCUUGGAAGCAGCAGGGAGGAGAUGCCGCGUCAUAG